UCGAUGUUAAGUCCCUCUCGGCGGCCCCUAUUUAACUAAAAUCACACCAAUGAUGUUAAGUCCCUCUCGAAAAUUAAAUUAAAUAUAUGAAAGUGAGGAUGUCAUGAUCGUAUUCAAAACAUCUAAUAAAUCUUUCGACAUUAUCCGUCAGUCAACGCCUCUCUUUAUUGAAGUAAACCUUGUAUACAUCCAUUAGCAGGUUUGUUAAAUAUAUCAAUUGGAGGAACGGAAGCAACUUUCACGUGCAGGUUUAUUAAAUAUAUCAAUUCGGUGAACCAAAGCAACUUCCACGACCUUUCUAAUUUAUUGUGACUAUUUUGACCCACAUCUCUAUAUAUUACCUAUAUCUCUUAAGCUUCUAAGAUAUACCAAGAACCUCAUUAGCCUUCCUUCAAUCCGCUGAAACAAAUCUUUCAAUAGUCUGCAGAAAAACUAGCUUAUCCACGCACAGCAAAGCAAAAGGCAUGGAAGGCACACUUCGUUGCUCCGCAAACUAUGUCCCUCUCUCUCCACUGAGCUUCAUCGAGCGGUCUGCGGAGGUUUACUCUGAUCGGACCUCUGUUGUUUAUGAAUCCAUCGAGUUUACUUGGAGACAGACCCGAGACCGCUGCCUCAGGCUCGCUUCCGCUCUCUCACACCUUGGCGUUUCCCGCGGCGACGUGGUUGCCGUCCUCGCUCCAAACGUCCCAGCCAUGUACGAGCUCAACUUCGGCGUCCCAAUGGCCGGGGCAGUCAUCUGCACCCUCAACGCUCACCACGACGCAGCCAUGGUCUCCGUCCUCCUCAAACAUUCCGAAGCCAAGCUCAUUUUCGUCGACCACCAGUUCCUCACAAUCGCUGAAGACGCCAUCAACCUCCUUUCACAAUCCAACUCCAAAUCCCCUCUCCUCAUCCCAAUCCCGGAACCCUCUGAAGACUCCUCUCAUUCACCUGGUUUAAACUACGAAAGCCUCAUCAAAACCGGAGACCCCUGCUUCGACAUCAAGUGGCCGAUCGACGAGUGCGAUCCUAUCGCCCUAAACUACACAUCCGGCACCACAUCCAGGCCGAAAGGCGUGGUCUACACACACCGCGGCGCCUACCUCAACUGCAUCAGUUCCAUUCUCUUUAGUGAAAUAAGGACUUUGCCGGUCUACUUAUGGACGGUGCCCAUUUUCCAUAGCAAUGGUUGGUGCCUGACCUGGGGCAUAGCGGCACAGGGCGGGCUCAACGUCUGCCUCCGCGAUUUCACCGCAAAGACCAUCUUCGAGAAAAUCACCAGGUACGGAGUUACGCACAUGACCGGUGCCCCUACCGUCCUCAACAUGAUGGCAAACUGUCCGCUUGCUGACAAGGUUUGCGUCAUGACGGGCGGGGCUACCCCGCAACCACCAGUCUUGGAGAAGAUGGAGGAGAUGGGAUUUAAAGUCGUCCAUGUGUACGGACUCACGGAGACCUACGGGCCCGCGACAGUGUGCGAGUGGAAGCCCGAGUGGGACGAGCUGUCGGUGGAUCAGCAGGCAAAGAUGAUGGGGAGGCAGGGAAUUCGACAUAUCGGAACGGAGGCGGUCGACGUCAAAGAUCCGGAGACAAUGAAAAGCGUCCAGGCCGAUGGCAAAACAAUGGGGGAGGUUAUGUUUCGAGGCAACACGGUGAUGAACGGAUACUUCAAGGACUUAAAAGCCACAGAGGAGGUUUUUGCAGGGGGAUGGAUGAGGACAGGGGAUCUCGGGGUGAGGCAUGCUGAUGGGUAUAUUCAGGUGAAGGAUAGGCUGAAGGACAUCAUAAUCUCCGGCCUGGAGAAUAUAAGCACGAUCGAGGUCGAGUCGGUAGUUUAUCGUCACCCGGCGGUGCUUGAAGCUGCGGUGGUUGGACGACCGGAUGAGUACUGGGGGGAGACGCCGUGUGCGUUUGUGAAGCUCAAGGAUGGAGCUUCUGCUGAUGCUGAGGAGAUUAUAGGGUUCUGUCGGGCUCGGCUGCCGGAUUUUAUGGUGCCCAAGAGCGUGGUUUUCGGGGAGCUGCCGAAGACUUCGACGGGGAAGAUGCAGAAGUUUGUUCUCAGGGAGAGGGCCAAGGCUAUGGGAAGCCUAUUCAUGAAUGGCGGCGGGAAAAUGCUUGAAAUAUAGUAUUCUAAAAGUAAUUGUGGAUACUGUACAAAUGAAGAAUUUCAUUUGUAAUUUGAUUUGUUGAACCAAAAAAUAAAUGGAAGUCUCAGCAAUGAUAUGGGGUUGAGAUCUGAUCAAUGUAUUAUGUUUGUUACAUAUGAACUUAUAUCUAUUCAUUUUAAACGUGUUCCUAAUUAAUUCUUCUCAAUCUUCUAAGAAUAUUACUAAUCAUUUCUUUUUGAAAAAUCUUGUAAAAUUCAUAUUCUGUGGUUAUUUCAAACUUAUGAACUCACAUUUUAAUUGGAAGUUUUAUAUUGCCGGGUACUAGUGAUCUCCUUUUCCGGAUUCACAAGAAUAUGUUGAAGUUGGAAGGCCUCCAAUCACUUUCAAAGGUCAUGGCUAAUCUCUCCUUUAUAUAGAAAGAGAAAAAGAUGGUUUGCGAUUAAAGCCUCCCCUUUUAAAACGUUGUUCACAUGUUUAUUUAUCUCAUCUAAGAAAAUGAUGUGCGAACGAAUAACUAAUUUUAUCCAAAAUUGUGUUAGUUUAAAAAUAAAAAAUAGUGUAAAACGUCUAGUUUAUAAGCAAAAAACUCACUAUCAUUUGCGUA